AUGUCAAAGGGAGACAGUCGCGCGAAAAAAGCAGAUUAUUUUAAUCGACUGAAGAGUUUAUUGGAAGACUAUUCCUCCAUAUUCAUUGUCAAUGUUGAUAAUGUUGGUUCUAACCAAAUGCACCAGAUCCGUCAUGCACUUCGCGGGAAGGCCGUAGUGCUUAUGGGAAAGAACACGAUGAUUCGCCGUGCUCUUAGGGUUCUCAUAGCUGAUUAUCCACAGUUCGAUAAGCUUUUACCACAUGUGAAGGGAAACAUUGGAUUUGUUUUCACAAACGAAGAUUUAAAGCAAACCAGAGAUGUCAUUCUUUCAAACAGGAUGAAAGCACCAGCAAAAGCAAAUGCCAUCGCUCCCGUCGAUGUAGUUAUUCCCGCAGGCAAUACUGGAAUGGAUCCUAGCAAGACUUCGUUUUUCCAGGCGCUCGGCGUGCCCACAAAGAUUGCUCGCGGUACAAUCGAAAUCAUAAACGACGUUCACUUGCUUAAAUCCGGUGCCAAAGUUGGUGCUUCAGAAGCUACGCUUCUCAACAUGUUGAACAUAUCUCCUUUCACGUAUGGUCUUUCGGUGCUCCAAAUUUACGAUAGUGGCACAACGUUCCAACCUUCAGUCCUGGAUAUCGAAGAGAGUACGCUCAUUGAUCGUUUGAUGAGCGGAAUUCAACAAAUAGCAGCCAUUUCUUUGCGAAUUGGGUAUCCUACUUUGGCAUCGGUGCCACAUUCAUUAAUCAACGGUUACAAGAAUCUUUUGGCCAUUGCUGUAAAUACAGAGUACACAUUCCCUGCGGUCGAACAGCUCAAGGCUUAUCUCGCCGACCCGUCAGCCUUUGCGGUCGCGGCUGCUCCAACUGCAGCGGCUGAAGAAAAACCCGCGGCUGAAGCUGCCAAAGAAGAAGAGGAGGAAGAGUCUGAUGAAGAUAUGGGCUUGGAUCUCUUUGGUUAA